AUGGUCCUGCUACGUUUUGCUCCGUCCCCUACUGGUGCUCUUCACCUUGGCGGUCUUCGAACAGCUCUCUACAACUACUUGUAUGCGAGGAAGCUAGGCGGAAAAUGGAUUUUGAGAAUCGAGGACACAGACGCGACCCGAACAGUUCCUGGCGCGGUAGAUGGGAUACGUGAGGCAUUAGAAUGGGCAGGCUUGGAAUACGACUCCGGUCCCGGAAAGCAUGGCCCACAUGCACCUUAUUUCCAGUCGGAGCGUUUGGACCUAUACCACUCAUACUCCAAUAAACUACUUGAGUCUGGGCAUGCAUACCGGUGUUUUUGUUCACCAGAUACUCUAGCGACCACGCGGGAGAGGUUAGCACGUAUGGGCUCUAACUCGACAUAUGACAAAGCAUGCUUGAAUCUGACCGAUGAAGAGGUGGCGAGACGUGUUCGUGCGGGGGAAAAGUCGGUCAUUAGAAUGAACGAUUCUGCCCUUCCCUCUCGUUCUUCUCCCUCAGAUCUUAUUUUUGGAAACCUGCGGGAUGCACAUGCUUCUUUGCCCACCGAUCCAGUGCUCCUAAAGUCUGACCUCUUCCCAACUUACCACCUCGCAUCUGUGGUAGAUGAUCAUGAGAUGGGCAUUACUCAUGUCCUCCGCGGUGAGGAAUGGCUUCCAUCACUCCCUCUUCAUUUGGAUUUGUAUGCGUCCCUAUCAUUGACACCUCCACAAUUCGCGCAUUUACCGUUACUUCUGAACCUCGACGGAUCGAAGAUGUCAAAGCGCAAAGGUGACGUGCAAGUCAUGGACUACAAGCGUCGUGGUUGGGAACCUGCGGCGAUCCUCAACUGGCUCGCUCUGGCCGGAUGGGGAAGAUCGCAUACUACUGAAGCAAUUUCAUCUUCUAAACAAGCACCCGAUAGCACCACGGUCAUGUCGCUUCAAGAGAUGAUUCAGGAGUUCGACUUGUCGUCAGUAACGCACCGACGCUCUGUGCUCGAUCCGCAAAAGCUUGAAUACAUCAACAAGCAUCACCUCAUGCGGACUAUGUCAACUAAUGACGGUACGAGCGUACUUGCUGACCGCGUUCGUGCGCUCGUCAAGAAAUCAUUUCCACAUAGCCCGUUCACUACAGUGCAAUAUAUCGAAGACGUCAUUUUAGUAAUACAGGGCCGCAUGGUUAAUUUGAACGACCUUCCCGUCUUAGCAUCAUAUUUCUUCAUUGAGCCAGACUACACGACUGCCGAGGCCCUCACGAUGAGGAAUCGUUUGCCCGACGAACUAUAUGUUGCAGUCGUCAGAGAUUUGCGUGAUCAGUUGCUAAUUGGUGAUCUAGUCUGGCGUCCAGCCGAGCUUGCAAAUCUCUUGCACCGAGAGUAUCAAAGGCUCAAUCUCAAGCAGAAGAUGUACAUGACUAUACUCAGGCAUGCUUUUACCGGCUCUAAGACAGGUCCUUCUUUAGCCGAGAUAAUAUGGGCGCUCGGUCGCGACAGGAGCAUUGCACGGCUAGAGACAGCACAGCGUAGUCUCUCAGAAUGA